GCAGAGACUUCAGUUUAACUUCAGAACUUAAUCAGAGCGUUGAUGCCAUUUACGCUGCCCAGUGCUUAAAGACGGUUCAGACCAGUGACAACUAUAUUCCCCCAGACUUGGAAUCUUAUUAAAAAUUGUGGCAAUAUCGCAAAAAAUAACAAUUUGCCAUUUUUUCUAAAAUAGUUCUCGAGAAGUCUCUAAUUAAGAGUAGUAGCUGUUGCGAGCGGUUACAAGUGCUUUAAAAAUAAUAAUUAUAGUGUAUACGAAUAAAACUGCGGGUACUCCUCUGUAACGAGUUUAGAGCCUUUGAUAAAUAAUAUCUUUACAAUAAUGACGGGUUACAAGAACGGCAUCGCCAAUGGCACCAAUGGCCAUGGUGGUGAGGUGAACGGACAAACCAAGAAUGCGCCGGCCUAUACCGCAAUAGAGAAUUCAUUAACCAAAAGACAACAAUCUUUGGUUAAAGACGAUUACCAUGUAAAAGGAGACGUAGCGUUUGAUGAAAUGAAUUUAUGGAAUGGCAAACUGCAGUACACGAAUGGCAUAAAUGGUACAAAUGGUGUAAAUGCUGCCAAUGGUGUCAACAGCAUCCAUCACAAUUCGAAAGAAUCCCCUCCUUCCCAAAUUUCAAACUUCAAUGAUGUCAUGAGCUACUCAUACGAGAUCAUCAAGGAAAUUGCGGAUUACCUGUUGGAGAAAACCAGCAUUCGACCGAAAAUUGGAGUGAUAUGUGGAUCAGGACUGAACUCCUUAGCUGACUUCCUUACUCAAACCGAUGCUUUUCCAUACGAAUCAAUUCCACACUUCCCUAUUUCAACAGUUGAAGGACAUGUUGGCCGAAUGGUAUUUGGCUACCUAGAAGGAGUUCCUGUCAUGUGCAUGCAAGGACGCUUCCACUACUACGAGGGAUAUCCAUUGUCAAAGUGUUCAAUGCCUGUAAGAGUUAUGAAACUUGUCGGAUGUACACAUUUGCUCGCAACCAAUGCCGCUGGCGGUCUUAACACAAAAUUCAAAGUCGGUGACAUUAUGCUAGUUCGUGAUCAUGUCAACAUGAUGGGCUUGGCUGGAAAUAGUCCCCUGCAAGGACCAAAUGACCCACGAUUCGGACCACGUUUCCCGCCAAUGACAAAUGCAUACGACAAGGAACUCAUUAAGAUUGCCAAGAAAAUCAGCGUUGAAAUGGGAAUUGAGAAGAAUAUUCAUCAAGGAGUCUACACAUGUCUGGGAGGACCUAACUACGAGACAGUUGCAGAACUGAGGAUGCUGCGAACUCUGGGAGUCGAUGCUGUUGGCAUGUCAACUGUCCACGAAGUAAUUACAGCCAGACAUUGUGAUCUCACAGUGUUCGCAUUCAGCUUGAUCACAAACAAAUGUCCAAGCGAUUACGAUAGUGAUGAAGACGAAGCGAAUCAUGAAGAAGUCGUCAGUGUUGGAAAGCAAAGACAAAACCUUUGUGCUGAAUUGAUGUGUAAAAUGGUGAGGGCUAUCAAUGAGAGUCCACAAUGCAAAUGAAUGGAACAUUUGAACGAGACAAAGGCUCAACAUUUCUGUACAUUCCUUCCACUGAAAGUAUCUACUUAACGAUAAUCGACCUAUUUGUAACCAGAAAACAAAUAUUUCAAGCAGCAUUUUCCUCAGAAUAACAAUCAUGUGUAUGGACGAAAAUGUGAAACUUCCCUAUUUCCCGACGCCAAGAGCUUUAAACAGCGCAGCGUCUAGCCUAACAACAAAUUGUCUAGUCUGUAAGAAACAUUCAUUGAUAUUCACAAUAAAUAUAAAACAUUAUUCAGUUAGAAUUAGAGUCAUAGAAUGUAAUAUGUAUGUAUUUAUUUUACUGCGAAAUGAAAAUAAAUAUUUUAUUUAAAACUUGUAA